GCUUCUUUCGUGUAGAUAUCAUCUGUUUUGAACCCACUGUGUCUCUUUCAACUUCUAUCAUUGCGAUUCGAACCCACGGAAGAAAUAAGCUUCCCUCUGAGUCGGCUGUGGUCCACCUUCCCGCCGAUACCGCUAACUACUACUAUGGCGACAACAAUCGACUCCCUGGGCAAUCCGCGGGUGGACAAAACUGAACGAACUGCGACAACCUCGGCAUUGGAUGAGAAACAAUCAGCGACGCAGGCCAUCAAUGGUCUCCCGCACGGUGCGCCAACGACGCUCGAAGGCGGGUUGUACAGGUCUUCGUCUGGCGAAUUUCCUUCGGAUGAAUCAGCGCAUAGCGUUCCAGUGACAGUUGGAACAACCGAUGCGGAUGGCAAUACCUAUCCGGAAGGUGGGCUAGAAGCUUGGUUGGUCGUCUUUGGAAGCUUCAUGGGCCUUGUUGGCUCUCUUGGUAUGGUAAACACCAUCGGCACUCUCGAGGCGUACAUAGAGAUCCAUCAGUUGAAAGACUACAGCUCCGGCAGCAUCGGGUGGAUCUUCGGCGUCUAUGCCUUCUUGACCUUCUUUUGCGGCGUUCAGAUUGGGCCCGUCUUCGACGCUAAAGGACCUCGGUUUCUUGUAUGCACCGGCGCCGUGCUGAUCAUGGCAAUGAUGAUUGCCCUGGGUUUCUGCACGCAGUACUGGCACUUCAUGCUAGUUAUCGGCGUGGCAGGAGGUAUCGGAGCCUCGCUGCUGUUUACCCCAGCAAUCUCUGCGAUUGGACACUUCUUCAAUGAAAGGCGCGGAAUCGCGACGGGAAUUGCUGCGACGGGUGGCUCCGUGGGUGGUGUUAUCUUCCCCCUUGCAUUGGAGGCUCUGUUUCCGAAGAUAGGGUGGGCAUGGGCAACUCGAGUCGUUGCUCUCAUUUGCCUGAUCACAUUGCUCGCAGCAUGCCUCCUUAUCAAAUCUCGGUUGCCCCAGAAGCCCGCCUCGAAAGAGGAAAUUCUGCCCGAUUUUCGGAUCUUUCGGGAUCCCGUGUUCACGCUGACGACCCUGGGGGUUUUCUUCAUUGAAUGGGGCCUCUUUGUUCCGCUGAGCUACAUCUCAUCUUACGCGAUGGACAAGGGUGUCUCGACGCAGUUGUCGUACCAAAUGCUCGCGAUCCUGAACGCUGGUUCGUUCUUCGGACGAGGUAUCCCUGGCUUCGUUGCUGAUCACCUGGGCCGCUUCAAUACUCUGAUUGUCACUGUGGCGUUGUGUCUUGUAUGCAACGCAUGCCUCUGGCUUCCAGCCAGUGACAGUGUGCCUGUCAUGAUUGUAUACUGCGUCAUGUUCGGGUUUGCCAGCGGCAGUAACAUCAGUCUGACACCGGUCUGUAUCUCUCAGCUGUGCAAAAUCGAGAACUACGGCAGAUACUAUGCCACAGCAUAUACGAUCGUUAGUUUUGGAACUCUUACCGGCAUGCCCAUUGCGGGGGAGAUCCUCACCCGAUGCAAUGGCGAGUAUUGGGGUCUCAUCACCUUCACGAUCUGCUGCUAUGCAAUGGGCCUUGUUUGUGUCACUGCAGCCAAAUUAGUUCGUGUCGGCUGGCGUCAGGCUCUUGUGGUUUAUUGAGUGACCGAAACCGAAGAUAACCUCAAGAUAAUACCAUGGCCAUACCUGUUGUCUGGUUGAUUCCGGUGCUAUACAAACCCAACCAAGACGAUGACCGGCAGGAAAGUUUUUUAAAUAAUUGAGCCUAAUACCUAAUCUUUUCAUCGCAUACAUUUGACACCACAGAAACAAUCGCCUGCAUGUGUGCGAAAUAUGAGACGAGCCGGAGA